AGAAGCAAAAUGGAUCACAACAAAUCAACUACCAAUGCUGACAAAAUCCAUCAGAAUCGACUGUCGAGCGUUUCAAUAGAUGAAGACCAAGAUGCAGCGUUAACAAUUGUGACCGUCCUGGACAAAGUGGCUACCGUAAUAGACAGCGUCCAAGAAAGUCAGAAGAGAAUAGAAGAGAGACAUCGAACGAUGGAAAAUACGAUCAAAUCCGUCCAGAUUGACAUGUUGAAGCUUUCCCAGGCACACAGCAACACAGGCUAUAUAGUGAACAAGCUGUUUGAGAAAACCCGGAAAGUCAGUGCUCACGUAAAAGAAAUAAAAGCACGCGUGGAGAAGCAUAGCCUAAAUGUGAAGAAGGUGGAGACCAAACAAGAGGAGGUGUUAAGAAAAAACAAAUUUCGAGUGGUCAUAUUCCAGGAGGAGGUCCAAUGUCCUACAUCUCUCUCUGUGGUUAAGGAAAAAAGCCUGCUUGAGAAUACACAAGAAGAUGAGUUCUGCCUCCCCGACGAUCUCUCUUCUGAUGAAGAAUAUGAAAUUGAAGAAAGCAGAGCAACCCAGUUUAAAAAAUCGGGAAAGAAGCAAAUCGAUAACAUCAAAAAGGCCUUCUCUAAAGAAAACAUGCAGAAGACAAGACAGAAUUUUGACAAGAAAGUAGACAGAAUUCGGACUAGAAUUGUGACUCCUGAGAGGAGAGAAAGGAUCAGGCAGUCGGGAGAAAGACUGAGGCAGUCGGGAGAGAGACUGAGGCAGUCGUCAGGAGAGAGACUGAAGCAGUCUGGUGAAAGAUUUAAGAAAACAAUUUCUAAAGCCACGCCGACAAAAGAAACUUUCAAAAUGCAUCUCCAUAAGAAAGGCAAAGAAAGAACAACUGCGGAAGGCCAAGAAGGCACGCAGGACGUGGGCAUGGAUAUCAUUAGCAGCAGCGGGGCUGACGAGCCCCUCCACGAGCUCUACACGGAAAUGUCAGCUGCGGCCGAGAGUGCGCAAGGCAGAGAAGGCUACCCUUCCCAAGCAGAAGAGGCCACCCAGAUUCCUAUGGAAAAUGUAGUCCUGCAACCCCAAACAAAAAGAAGGAAUGACGAGCCCCUUUUGCUGGAUUUAAAACAAUCAGCAUAAAAGGGAACCAAACAGCCUUUGAUUGGGCAUCUGCUUCAUCAAACAAUUGUAACUAGAAAAGAGAGUGAGUUUUAUUUUUAACAUCAUAUAAAGAUAGAUAAAUGCUAUUAUUUCAUUUAGUGUAUUCCAGGCUGUCAAUUAUGUUUUAAUAAGUCAGGCAAUAUAAAAACCUCAUUUUAUCAGCAUUUUUCCCCCUUCAUUGAGGAAUAAAACCCCAAUGAGUGAUGAAGCUUUUUUUGUUGCUGUUGUUCAAGUUAUCGGAUUUUGCUUUCUCCUUCACAAGUGUGGAAAUAAUCUCGGAUCCCUU